UUCCUGAUUCAUUUGCAUCCUUGAAGAGCAUCUGUGGAAGAGGAAGGAAAAGAUGGGUGUGAAAACAUUUACUCAUAGCUCCUCUUCCCACAGCCAGGAAAUGCUUGGAAAGCUAAAUAUGCUGCGAAAUGAUGGACAUUUUUGUGAUAUCACUAUCCGUGUCCAGGACAAAAUUUUCCGGGCACAUAAGGUGGUAUUAGCAGCUUGCAGUGAUUUCUUUCGCACCAAACUUGUAGGCCAAGCAGAGGAUGAGAACAAAAACGUGCUGGAUUUGCAUCAUGUCACAGUGACUGGCUUCAUACCUCUUUUAGAAUAUGCUUACACAGCCACUCUGUCCAUUAACACAGAAAAUAUCAUCGAUGUUCUAGCUGCAGCCAGCUAUAUGCAAAUGUUCAGUGUUGCAAGCACCUGCUCGGAGUUCAUGAAAUCAAGCAUUUUAUGGAAUACACCCAACAGCCAACCGGAAAAAGGCUUAGACGCUGGACAAGAAAAUAACUCGAACUGCAAUUUCACUUCUCGAGAUGGAAGUCUGUCUCCAGUGUCUUCAGAGUGCAGCAUGGUAGAAAGAACCAUUCCUGUCUGCAGAGAAUCCCGGAGAAAGCGCAAAAGCUACAUCGUUAUGUCUCCGGAAAGUCCUGUCAAAUGUAGCACACAAACAAGUUCUCCACAGGUGCUGAAUUCUUCAGCUUCCUACUCUGAAAAUAGAAACCAGCCAGCUGACUCUUCCUUAGCUUUUCCCUGGACUUUUCCUUUCGGAAUUGAUCGAAGGAUGCAACCUGAAAAGGUUAAGCAGGCAGAAAACACCCGGACUUUAGAAUUACCUGGCCCAUCUGAGCCAGGGAGAAGAACAGCCGAUUACAUAGCUUGUGAAAGCACCAAAACGGCCUUGCCCCUGGGUACUGAAGAAGAUGUCCGGGUCAAAGUAGAGAGGUUAAGUGAUGAGGAGGUCCACGAGGAGGUGUCGCAGCCUGUCAGUGCAUCCCAGAGCUCACUAAGCGAUCAGCAGACUGUUCCUGGAAGUGAGCCAGUCCAAGAGGACCUUCUGAUUAGUCCACAGUCUUCCUCUAUAGGCUCAGUAGAUGAAGGUGGCACUGAAGGGCUGCCUACACUUCAGAGUACUUCGAAUACUAAUGCUCACACAGAGGAUGAUGACCGAUUGGAAAAUGUUCAAUAUCCCUACCAACUCUACAUUGCUCCUUCCACCAGCAGUACCGAGCGGCCAAGCCCCAAUGGUCGUGAUAGACCUUAUCAGUGUCCGACUUGUGGGGUGCGAUUCACCCGUAUUCAGAACCUAAAACAGCACAUGCUCAUCCACUCAGGAAUUAAACCAUUUCAGUGUGACCGCUGUGGAAAAAAGUUCACCAGGGCUUACUCGCUAAAGAUGCAUCGCCUAAAGCAUGAAGGUAAACGCUGUUUCCGGUGCCAGAUAUGUAGUGCCACUUUCACUUCCUUCGGGGAAUAUAAACACCACAUGAGGGUUUCCCGGCACAUUAUCCGCAAGCCUCGGAUUUACGAGUGCAAAACUUGUGGCGCCAUGUUCACCAACUCUGGAAAUUUAAUCGUGCACCUGAGGAGUCUGAACCAUGAAGCGUCAGAGCUAGCAAACUACUUCCAGAGCAGUGAUUUCCUAGUCCCGGACUACUUGACCCAGGAGCAAGAGGAGUCCCUGGUGCAGUAUGACCUUGGAGAGCACACUUUGGAGAGCGGUUCCUCUGUCCAGAUGCCUGUAAUCUCACAGGUGUCUUCCAGCCAGCAUUGUGAAAGCACCUUUCCCUUGGGGUCUCUUAGUGGGCUGGCAGAAAAGGAGGAGGAAGUGCCAGAGCAGCCAAAGACUAGUGCUUGUGCCGAGGCCACCAGAGACGACCCCCCCAAAUCAGAGCUGUCUUCUAUCACUCUUGAGUAAAUUCUUGGGUGGGCUUUGUUUUUUGAUUUUUGGAAAGUGCCUGUGCUUAGUCUUGUACUUUUAAUUUAAAUUUAUAAUUUUUAAACAGAAAAAAGUUGGGAUAAGAAUUUUCUUUUUUACUUUGUGAGCCCUGCAACUAAUGUUACUUUGUUUUUAUGAUUGAGAGAUUUCUUCUGUAAAUGCACAUUUAUGUGAUGUUGAAACAUUAAUAGAAAUUAUGAAACUUGAAGAGAACCAGUGACUUAAGACAGUUUCUUUUGUUAAAAAUAUGCUCAUACCAGAUCAUUAGGUAAGGAAGAAAUUAGAAAAAAUAUGUUAAAAAUAUGCUCACAUCAGAUCAUUAGGUAAAGAAGAAAUUAGGCGAUUAUGAACCUUCCUGAGAUGAAAAGUACACUAGAAUUAAAUUACUAAAGAGAAUCUAAAAAAUAUUCUCUAAAAGUUGUUUGCUCCUAUAAACAGGACACUGUAUAAUAUUUUGUAAAGCCUGUUGUUUUGAAAAAUAUUUAUGGUAAGCCUUUAAAAAUUAUUAGGAUAAAUACUUCGAUAUUCAACAUUCUUUUUUUUUUUUUUAAGCUUUUCACUUUUAUUAUGAUUUUUUUUUUUUUUGGUGGUGUAAAUUUGGUAUUGGGCUAUGCCUUCCCUGUACCACUUCUUUAAAUAAUUUUUUUUCUAUGAAAGAAGGCAAAGAACUAUGAUUAGAAGUAGUCAAACUGUGCAUGAAAUGACCAGGAAUGGAGAACGGAGUAUGUGAAUCCCAGCUACGUAAGAAAUCUUUUUAAUACUGCUUUUCUGACUGAAAUUGUUGUUUACCUGGUCUUUGAAUGUUACUGUUUGGCUAAUUAGGACAUUGCCUAAAUCAGUUAUUCUUGUCCUAUCAACAGUACUUUCUAUUGCAUAUACUGAUGUGUUACCAUAUAGAGGAAAAAUAUUGGAGAUAGUCUAUAUUUUAUAUGUAGGUUUAUGUACUGUUGGGGAUGUUUUUAUUGUGCUGUUUUGGAUAUAAUAAAGAAUUAAUUCUCUGUUAAGGCUAUGUUCUUAACCCAAGUACGAUUGUUUACAAAAAUCCCAUCUGACAACUAUCCAUUGCCCUUGUAUCAAGAUAUUUUUAGACAUUGCCAAGUUUAUUAAAAAGCAUUAGUAUAGUUUUUACACAAUGAAAGCAAUAAUGUAAAAGUUGAGAAGAGGUUAUGAAAUGAUCUAUUAUUCAUAAACCUGGGAAAAAGAAUUGUUAGACUAAAGAAAUAGUAAAAACCUUAAAUUGAUGAAUAUCACCUUUUGCUGCUAAAAGAAUUAAACUUAUGUGAUACUCUAGACUGGAGUGUAGUUUUCAUCUGAUGCUUAAUUGGCUAAUACUGUAACUUAUUUUCCCCCAUCCCCAGUAUGUAAGAAAAUGGAAAGUAAAGUCAUUGAAGAUA